UGGACCCGUUUCAUUUCCCUGGACCUGCUGCAGCAGUCAUGUUCCGCUCACCCAUGCUCCUACUGCUCACCUUCCUCCUCUCUAGCACCACCACUAUAGCUGCCGAAAUCCCGCCGUCGUGCGAGCCAGCGUCGUGCGGCGACCUCCGCAUCACGUACCCCUUCUGGCUCGGCGGCACGCACCCGCCCGAGUGUGGCUACCACGCCUUCCGGGUCACCUGCGACCACCGCGCCGGCAGCAAGGCCUUACUCCAGCACUCAGUUUCCACGUACCAGAUCCUCGACAUCUCCUAUCAAGACAGCUCGUUGCGGAUCAAAAACGUUGAGCUCUCGGACGGCAUGUGCAACCCCAAGCUCCAUGCGAACGCCUCCUCCAACCUCGGCCUCGCGCCCUUCGGCAUCAGCGCCGCCAACCAGGAGCUCUUCUUCCUCUACAACUGCAGCGCCCUGCCGCCUCCGCCUACAUGGGCGCCCAUGUACUGCGCCACUGGAUCCAAGCGGCCGCUCAACAAUUCGUUUGCGUGGCUUGCUGGGGCAUACAAGCUAGACGACAUUUCGAGGCAGGUGCACUGGAACUGCACGGCGUCCAUGAUGCCAGUGCUCGGGUACAAGGGGGCGACCGGGGUGGACUACCAGCGGCUGAUGGAGGGCGGGUUCCUUCUUGAGUACACGGCCGGCGACUGUGUGGCGUGCAUGGAGAGCCGAGGAAUUUGCCGGACUAAUAUCACCAACGAUAUCUUCGAGUGCCACUGCCCCGACGGAAUUUCUUCGUCCAACAUCUGCGCUAUCAUGGAGACCGGCACGAAGAUUGUACUAAUAGUUUUGGCAGUAACAGCUGCAACCUUGAUCUCCCUCUGUUUUUAUCUGCUGAGGCAUAUAAAGGUAAGACUAUGGAUUCCCCUUAGCAAGAAGACUAGCAGCAACACCGAAAAGAAUUAUGAGGCCAUGAUUGCAGCAUAUGGAUCCCUAGCUCCUACAAGAUACAUCUACUCGGAGGUAAUGAAGAUAACAUAUUCUUGUAAGAAACAACUUGGAAAAGGUGGUUAUGGUGUGGUUUUCAAAGGAAGGCUACAGGAUGGUCGUUUGGUUGCUGUGAAAUUCUUGCAUGAUUGCAAAGGAAACGGAGAAGAGUUUGUGAAUGAGGUUCUGAGCAUUGGAAGGACCUCUCAUGUUAAUGUUGUUAGCUUAUUUGGGUUUUGUUUCGAGGGAUCAAAGCGAGCUCUUAUAUAUGAGUAUAUGCCUAAUGGUUCCUUGGAUAAGUACAUUUACUCACAAAACCCCAAAGAAAUUUUAGGAUGGGAGAGGCUCUAUGUAAUAGCAAUCGGGAUUGCUCGUGGCCUUGAGUACUUACACCAUAGAUGUAAUACUCGUAUUGUCCAUUUCGAUAUGAAGCCUCAAAAUAUCCUUCUAGACAAGGAUUUUAGCCCAAAGAUUGCUGAUUUUGGUCUAGCUAAAUUAUGUCAUACAAAGGAGAGUGAGCUUUCAAUGACCGGUACUAGAGGAACAAUUGGGUUCAUCGCUCCGGAAAUCCACUCUCGAACCUUUGGAGUUGUUUCAACAAAAUCAGAUGUUUAUAGUUAUGUAAUGAUGUUGUUGGAGAUGGUUGGAGGUAGGAGAAAUGUCAAAUCAAUUGUGAACAAAUCUAGCGAAAAGUAUUUUCCAGAUUGGAUUUACGACCACUUUGCCCAAGAUGAAGGAUUAAAAGUAUGUGAAGUUACAAGCGAAGUUGAGGAAAUUGCGAGAAAGAUGACCUUAAUUGGCUUGUGGUGCAUACAAGUAUUACCUAUAUAUCGCCCUACUAUAACAAAAGUUCUAGAAAUGUUUGAGAAAAGCUUGGAUGAUUUGGACAUGCCACCAAAGCAGAGCUUCUAUGAACUACUUGAGAGUCCAACUAAUAAUAUGGAAGUACAAAGUGUAUGGUCUGAGACUGAGGAGAUUGAAACAUUGGAGAUACGCCAUGUCAAGGGUAUGCCCCCCACAAGGGAUAUUGCCUAGGAGGUGCCAUGCGUCGAGGAGGGGCACACGAUGAGGGUAAGCCCCGUGAAGAGGGUAUGUUACUGUCACGGCUAUGGAAUAUUUCACCUAUGCAGCACCACCAACAAAGAUUACUCGCCAGAGGAUAUUGUGUCAGGAUAAUCCUCUGUGAGUAGCUGUAAAGACCACAAUUGCCCGCAUAAUCCACCCCCUCCAUCCUCUCCAUUUAUCCAGUGGGUUCCCCCAAGUUUACAGUCUAGUCACGAUUGUAAACACACGUUGUGAAUCCACAAGUGGCACGGUGAUUUCCAAUUAUUUAGCUGUACUACAGUACAUCGGGAAAUUAAACCAGCGCAACAGAAUUCUACAUUGUAUCACAAAAUAUAUUUGCAUGACCUAGAGUUGAGGGCAUCCGCAUCAAAAAAAGAAUAUCAGUUUUGUGUUCUCAAGUUCUAGCCACUAAUGGUAGACAAGCUACCAAGACCUUCAGAACUAGAAAUUUUCUCGAGAUCACAAUAAACACAAU